AUGGAUGUUGUUAAUGAAUCUCAAAUAAAAUGUCAUGCAGAAAAAUCGUGGGAUGAUGAAUAUGAUAUAAAAACACCCAUAUCAGACGGUACGACAAUUAUUGGUAUAAUUUAUGAUAACGGAGUUAUGUUAGCUUGUGAUAGUAGAACAUCGUCAGGUACAUUUAUUAGUAAUAAAUGUUCUAGAAAAAUAAAUCGUAUAAAUGAAAAUUUAUAUGUUUGUCGAAGUGGAGCCUCAGCACAUAGUCAAAAAAUUAUUGAAAUCAUAAAACAUUAUUGUGUAUCUAUGAAAAACGAAAACAGGAAAAAAGGUAGAUUCCAUGAAGGAGAAACGAAUUAUGAUGAAACUACAUAUGAUGAAACUACAUAUGAUGAAGAAAUAGAUAUUGAUUCAAUAAAUUAUUUAGAUUAUAAUAAUAAUAAUAAUAAUAACAAUUUAGUUACAAAAAAUAAAUAUUUCUAUGAAGAUAAAUUUAAUGAUUAUAAUCCACUUGUUGAAAAUGUAGCACAUAUUACUAAAAAAAUUAUUUAUACUAAUAAUAACUUCUUAUCAUGUGCACUCAUAUUUGGUGGCUAUGAUAAAAUUAAAAAACAACAAUUAUAUGCUGUUAAUUUAAAUGGUAGUAUUAUAGAAAAACAUGAUUUUGCUGUUAGUGGUAGCGGAAGUAUAUAUAUACAAUCGUAUCUACAAGAUAAAUAUAAAAAAUUUAUGACAAAAAAAGAAUGCUUCAAUCUAAUUUUGAACUGUGUUAAAUAUGCUAUGCAUAAUGAUAAUAGUAGUGGAGGUUUAAUUCGUAUUGUUAACAUAACCAAAUCCUUUGUUGAAGAAUUUACUGUUGUAAAUACACAAAUGGAUUUUCAAUAUUAA